GGCAGCGGCGGGCCCAUGCAGGACGCGGAGAACGUGGCGGGGCCCGAGGCGGCCGAGGAUCCGGCCGAGCCCGAGCAGCAGCCGGCUGCCGAGCCGCCGCUAGGGGAGGAGCCCCUGCGGCCGCCGGGGCCCGGCGCGGAGGAGGCGGUGGGCGGCGAGGACGCGGCGGAGGCCGAUCCCCGGCCCGACGUCCCGGUGGACGGGCCGACGGCCGAGGGCGAGGAGAGCGCGGCGGGUGCGGACGACCGUCCCGCGUCCCCUCCGUCUGAGGAACCCACCGCCGUCGCCUCGGCCGCGGAGGACGCCCCGGGGGAGCAGGCCCGGGACGCGGCGGCCGAGGCCCGUUCCGAGGGGGCGGGCGGGGAAGACGGCGACGCGGAGGAGCCUUCCUUCAGCGACCCCGAGGACUUCGUGGACGACGUGAGCGAGGAAGAAUUAUUGGGAGAUGUACUGAAAGAUCGGCCACAGGAAGCAGAUGGAAUCGAUUCAGUGAUCGUGGUGGACAAUGUUCCUCAAGUGGGACCUGAUCGAUUGGAGAAACUAAAAAAUGUCAUUCAUAAAAUAUUUUCCAAGUUUGGGAAAAUCAUUAAUGAUUUUUAUCCAGAGGAAGACGGGAAGACAAAAGGGUACAUCUUCCUGGAAUAUGCGUCUCCCGCGCAUGCCUUGGAUGCAGUGAAGAAUGCUGAUGGUUACAAGCUUGACAAGCAGCACACAUUCCGGGUCAACCUUUUCACUGACUUUGACAAGUAUAUGACUAUCAGUGAUGAGUGGGAUAUUCCUGAGAAACAGCCUUUCAAAGAUUUGGGAAACUUGCGUUACUGGCUUGAAGAGGCAGAAUGCAGAGAUCAGUACAGUGUGAUCUUUGAGAGCGGGGACCGCACGUCCAUAUUCUGGAAUGAUGUGAAAGACCCUGUUUCAAUUGAAGAGAGAGCGAGAUGGACAGAGACAUAUGUGCGUUGGUCGCCUAAGGGUACCUACCUGGCUACUUUUCAUCAACGAGGCAUUGCUCUUUGGGGAGGAGAGAAAUUCAAACAAAUUCAGAGAUUCAGCCACCAAGGGGUUCAGCUUAUUGACUUCUCACCUUGUGAAAGAUAUCUGGUGACUUUUAGCCCUCUGAUGGACACACAGGAUGACCCGCAGGCCAUCAUCAUCUGGGACAUUCUGACCGGACAGAAGAAGAGAGGUUUUCACUGUGAAAGCUCAGCCCAUUGGCCUAUUUUUAAGUGGAGUCAUGAUGGCAAAUUCUUCGCCAGAAUGACAAUGGACACACUCAGUAUCUAUGAAACUCCGUCUAUGGGUCUUUUGGACAAGAAGAGCUUGAAGAUAUCUGGCAUAAAAGACUUCUCUUGGUCUCCUGGUGGAAACAUAAUAGCCUUUUGGGUGCCUGAAGACAAAGAUAUUCCAGCCAGGGUAACCCUGAUGCAGCUUCCCACGAGACAAGAGAUCAGAGUUAGGAAUCUUUUUAAUGUUGUGGAUUGCAAACUACAUUGGCAAAAAAAUGGAGAUUACUUGUGUGUUAAAGUAGAUAGGACGCCAAAAGGUACCCAGGGUGUUGUCACAAAUUUUGAAAUUUUCCGAAUGAGGGAAAAACAGGUACCUGUCGAUGUUGUCGAAAUGAAAGAAACCAUCAUAGCUUUUGCUUGGGAACCAAAUGGGAGUAAGUUUGCUGUUCUGCACGGGGAGGCCCCUCGGAUAUCAGUUUCUUUCUACCACGUGAAAAACAACGGGAAGAUUGAGCUCAUCAAAAUGUUUGAUAAACAGCAGGCAAACACCAUCUUUUGGAGUCCCCAGGGGCAGUUUGUGGUGUUGGCUGGUCUAAGGAGCAUGAACGGUGCCUUGGCAUUUGUGGACACGUCAGACUGUACAGUCAUGAACAUUGCAGAACACUACAUGGCCUCUGAUGUUGAAUGGGAUCCUACUGGGCGCUAUGUUGUCACCUCUGUGUCCUGGUGGAGCCAUAAGGUGGACAAUGCUUACUGGUUGUGGACUUUCCAAGGACGCCUUCUGCAAAAGAAUAACAAGGAUCGCUUUUGCCAGCUGCUGUGGAGACCUCGGCCCCCAACACUCCUGAGCCAGGAUCAGAUAAAGCAAAUUAAAAAAGAUCUGAAGAAAUACUCCAAGAUCUUUGAGCAGAAGGAUCGUUUGAGCCAAUCCAAAGCCUCAAAGGAAUUGGUUGAGAGAAGACGAACCAUGAUGGAAGAUUUCCGAAAAUACCGGAAAAUGGCCCAAGAACUCUAUAUGGAGCAGAAAAACGAACGUCUGGAGUUGCGAGGAGGUGUGGACACGGAUGAGCUGGACAGCAACGUCGAUGACUGGGAGGAGGAGACCAUUGAGUUUUUUGUCACUGAAGAAAUCAUUCCUCUUGGGAAUCAGGAGUGAUCCGAGAGCACUGUGCGUUGCUGAAUCGUGUGCCAGAACCAAGGUCAUCCUUUUGCAGAAAGCCUGCACGACUCUGAAUUUACCUGUGCGCUCUUGCUCUGGACUGUGACCACUCCUGAGAUUCUCCAUCUCCACACACUGCUGUGCCUUUUGACCCCUGGUAUCUACAGUGGGGGUGGUGUUAAGGCACUGCUUUAAAACUUUUCUUGUUUGAGUUUUUUAAUUCAGCACCACCAGUAUUAGACUUCUUUGUGCAGUGCUGCGGUGGGCACCUUUCCCUGCUGCUAUUGGUGGGAUUCUGAGGUGCACCAUCAGGGGGAGUGGCUUCUCUUUGCGGACUCACUGUUCCUUGGGCAGGGGCGAGUGUAGGAGUGUCCCAAACACCAGAGGGGAGCAGGCGCCACUCAGAGGGCUGUGUGCCCCACCAUUCAGGUUGUGGCAGGUUCUCUCAACAGGCUGAACGUGGAAAUAAAGCAAACCUGUAUGAAAAAGCUGUCUUUCUCCUCUCUUUAAACAUAGAUAGUGGCCUUGAAUUUGGUGCCUCUUGCCUCCUCCCCUGGCAGCACUCCUGGGCACCCAACAUUCACCUGCCUUAGGCACACAUGACAAGGAGGGAACAUACAGCCUCCUGGUUUUCUGCGUUUUCAGCUGAGCUUUCUAAAGUGACGUGUUCGUCCAGGAGGCCCAGGAAACAACUGAGCAGUCUUUCUGUUUGUUUUCUGUGCUUGUCAUUUUUCUGGAUGAGAAAAAAAUCCUUUAGACUUUUCCUUGGAGUUCUGCAAGUGUGAAGACUUACACUGAGAUUUGUUUUAGCCAGUUGGUCCUCUUUCCAUAUUUACUACUUUUCCCCCACUGAGAAGGGAGUGAAAUCCAUGUGAUACCAAUCCAAUUUUGUCUGCCAGGUCUAGAUGACCGUUGGUGCCUUGUGAAGUUGGAGUUUCUUUCUCCUCUUUUACCUGCUGGGACCUGAAGCUUAGUUUAAAAAAACAGCAAAGCGCAGAACAACCACACUUUGAAAUCAGACAUCCACAAACCUAGAGACAUCUCAGAAUCGGAGGCUGACUGCCCUUGCUACGAGGCAGCGGUGCUGUGUGAUCCUCGGCUGUGUGGUCGCGUGGCCAGCCUGGGAGUUGGCCUCAAGGUGGUCCCCUGGGUGAGAGGGCGGUGUUCAGCCUUGGCCCGUCCUGUCUGCUUUCUCUGCAGUUCCAUCAUUGUUGCAUCUUGUCACGUAAGUGUCUUCAUGCCUUCUGUGCACGUAUUUACAGUAAUUCGUUUCUGUUUUUUAAACCUCAACGUGCCACAAUCUAGGAUUUUUUUUUUUCCAUUUCAUGCCAGUAAGAAGAAAUAAGGUGCACCAUUCUAAAUAUUUAACAGCUUUCAGAAAAUUAACUUUUCACUGUUUUAAACUUGCUAGUUGUAAUUGUUUUACACAAU